UACUUACAAACAAAAUAAAAUUAACAGUUAACAAAAUAAAGUAGAGGUUAUUGGAUAUGAUACAAAGAACAACAAUUUACGCCAUUGUUUAGCUAAAAAACCUUACUUCUACUACAGUGAAGGUGUAGGUCCCAGUUUUGCAAGCUUCAUAUAUAUUAUUUUCGAAAAACACCUCAAACGAUGGGGUCCAGGAAGCGCGAUGCUUCGUCUGCAUCAGAAAGUGAUUCUGCUGGUGGUUCAAAUUCUGAUGAUAAUGUUCGAAAUAAGACUCUUUCACCUGCUAGAAAUAAAAAACCAGAGAAAGAGAAAAGAGCCAAAAAGAAGAAAGAUAAAUCGGAAGAGAGGGGUAGAGAGCAUCAUGGCCCUAAGGAAGCUGGUCGGGAAGAAAGAUCUAACCCAAGAUCUCGUGAAAGCCGGAAAGGUCACUUCUACAGUGAUCAUUCAAGAAACCGUCAUGCUGAAAAUGAUUCUCGAAGAAAAGGUUAUGAUGAUGAAAGAAGGGUUGAUAGAACAAGAGAUAGGAGGGAUGAUAGAAGUCAAAUCACAAACUACAAUAAUAAGCCACAUAAAGAUGAAAGUUAUUAUUCUAAAGGUUACACUAGGAAUAGAGAUAAUAGAGAAAGUAACAGAGAAAAUAGGAGCAGGGGAAACAGAAAAAGGAGUAGAAGCAGAUCUUUUGACCAUGCCAAAGCAAAAUGGGGUAAAGAUCAAAAUGAAGAAAAAGAAAAAAACAAAGUUAUUGUUAAUAAGGAGAAACCAAAUUUUGGUCUUUCUGGUAAAUUAACUGAAGAAACUAAUACUUAUAGAGGUGUUGUAAUUAAAUACAGCGAGCCACCAGAAGCCAGAAAACCAAAGAGGAGAUGGAGGUUGUAUCCAUUUAAAGGUGAAAAAGCUCUUCAGACCCUGUAUAUCCACAGGCAAAGUGGGUAUCUUAUUGGGCGUGAUCGAAAAAUCGUAGAUUUACCCGUUGAUCACCCUUCUUGUUCAAAACAACAUGCAGCAUUGCAAUAUAGAUUAGUUCCAUUUACAAGAGAUGAUGGUAGUACUGGUAAAAAGGUAAGACCUUAUCUAAUAGAUUUGGAAUCAGCCAAUGGGACAUACAUUAAUGACAAAAGAAUGGACCCAAAAAAGUACUAUGAGCUUAUGGAAAAGGAUGUGAUUAAAUUUGGAUUUAGUUCGAGGGAAUAUGUUUUAUUGCAUGAAAACAGCAAGGAUGGAGGUAUGGACGAUGAUGUGAAACAAGAAGAGGAAGUAGAUGUUAAGGUCAAGAAAGAACAGUAAUUUUUUUCUUUAAGAUUACUUCAUUUUGUAAAUAUUUUGAAACUUGUAAGAAUUGUCUGAAGUUUAGCAAUAAACUAAUGGAUUUGACUAAAA